CAUAAGUAACACGCUUCCAAUAUUGCAGACAGGGGCCUCGGCAUUCUUCCUUUCUUAAUGAAGACAUCAAACCAAGGCAGUGCCGCGCGCCACUGCCUCAUUCUACCCCUUCCCGUUUGCGUGGCUCAAUUUUCUGACCGCGGUCCUUCUUGAGCCGGAUUUUCUUAGUCCGUACCGAGCCGCAUUGCCGCACGGAAUCAGUGUCGCACGUCAAGAGUACCAUUAAGUCGUCGGAAUAAUUCAGUGACGUACAUUAUUUUGAUUUAUGUAUAUUAAUUUUUUCUUGUGCUUAUCGAUUGUGACUUUUAUAAUAAUAUAAACAAUUCCAAAUUAUUGACUUUUAAGUGACUUUUUUGUUUUGGGAUUUUUUUUUUCUAUUUUGCGUUUCUGGAUAAUUGGUUGCUAAUGAUGGCGGUUUUGUUAAAUUCUGUUAUAGUUGAGUAAAUCGAUGCCGGAAAAACAGGAAAGUCCGGGUGGUGGCCUUACCGCGGGUCCGCCUCUGAUGCCGUUUCCUGGAGGUCCUUUCGCCGCGUUUCCGCCAGGACCUCCUGCACCUCCGCCGGUGGACCGAUUCGCCUGGACCCAUCAUCAACCUCCUCAGGCUUUCCAUCCGCCAGGUGUCGGGGCCAGUCCUGGUAGUAGCAUCCUCUUGAGCAGGGAGUUGCAUCCUGCUUACCGGUUGCCACCUCAUAUGGAGUAUCUUUACUCCCUUCAACAUUCCACUGCCAAUUCGAUUCAUGGAUUAGGACUGAGCGCUGAGUACCUGAACGCCAGAGGGCUUACCGAGCUUCAUCCCUCAUCAACAUUAGCCAGUAGCGAGUUUCCAUUUGGAUUAGACGUUUCAGGUUCACGUUUGUGUUCUCCUCGUUUGGCUCGGGCUUCUAGAAAACGAGCCUUGUCAGCUUCGCCAUAUUCAGAUCUGGAUUUGACUUCGGUCAUUCGAUUUUCUCCAUCGUCUUUGGCUUCGUUAGCAGCUGGCAGUAGAAGUUCGUCCGUAUGUAGCGGUUCAUUGGGGCAUCUAUCAGCCGAAUUUAAAUGAUAGAAGGAAAACAGACUUGAAUAGUCCGUUAAUAGAUGUGGAAAGUCGGAAACAUCAUCACAAUAAUAAAGUUAAAAAAGAGACUUUGUUAAACAAUAAUCCUCCUGAUGGUAGCGGGGAGCAAGUUGAUCUCAGAGACGAACCUGGUGAUUUUAUUGAAACAAAUUGCCACUGGAAAGAUUGCGGUACUGAAUUUAGCACUCAAGACGAACUAGUCAAGCACAUAAACAAUGACCACAUUCACGCCAACAAAAAAUCAUUCGUGUGCCGUUGGGAUGGUUGCUCAAGGGCGGAAAAACCUUUCAAAGCCCAAUACAUGCUGGUGGUGCACAUGCGCCGACAUACCGGAGAAAAACCACACAAAUGCACAUUCGAGGGAUGCAUAAAAGCCUACUCAAGACUGGAAAAUUUAAAGACACAUUUGCGAUCUCACACCGGCGAAAAACCUUACACUUGCGAGUAUCCCGGAUGCUCAAAGGCGUUUAGUAAUGCUUCAGAUAGAGCCAAACAUCAAAAUAGAACUCACAGCAAUGAGAAACCUUAUGUCUGUAAAGCUCCCGGUUGUACCAAACGUUACACUGAUCCUUCAUCGCUGCGCAAACACGUCAAAACAGUUCACGGCGCAGAGUUUUACGCUAGCAAAAAGCAUAAGGGCGGCAACGAAGAUGGUUCUGGAGGCUCUGCUGGUCAAUUGGACGCCUCCCCUCGCAGUGACGAUGGUGCCAAAACGACCAGCCUGAGCAGUCCUUCUGUCAAAAGCGAGUCUGACGUGCACUCGCCUCAAGCUCAAGAUAGUCCUAUUGGUGCUCAAGACAUGGACACCAUGAGGCUUACAACUCCCGGUACAACAGAUACUCUAGAAGAUUGGACUGCGGAAGCAGAAGAUUUAGAGUUGGAAGAACUCCCGGUGGUGCUAAGAGCUUUGGUAGGUGGCGGAACAGCACCUACUGGAAUAGGCAUACCGCGACUUAGAAAACCAGUGGGCAGGCCUAGAAACCCUGCAAUGCAACAACGUAAAAUAGCCGAUCUAAACACGCGCAUCACCAACUUGCGAAUGGAUAACACACAACCAGCUCAAACCAAGACUCAGCUCACUGAGCUACAACAACGACUGCAGCCUGCCAUAACUCAACAACCAGCUCAAAUAAGACGCGAUAGUAAUUCAACAGUUAGCUCCUAUUACGGCAGUAUGCGCAGCGCUGACAUGAGCAGAAAAAGUAGCUUGGCUUCACAAGUGUCCAACAUGCGUCUAAAUCAAAGUCCUGGCUCAUUUUACGACCCAAUUUCGGCCGGAAGCUCACGAAGAUCCAGCCAAUUAUCAACAGCAACCACUGGAGGCCAAUGUCUACCGCCUCCGCCUUCUUCUCACCUACUAGCUGGCCAACUUCAGAGACUACAAACCCAAGGCCCAACUAGUAAUUUAGUUUUACAAACCCAAUCCAAUAACUUGCAACAAUUGCCUGCCACACAACCAACCCCGUGGGCUUCCACAACCAGCUCUGAAGCUCGAAGAGCAUCCGAACCAUCUCGGCCAGGCCUGGAUCCUCAAAGACACGUGAGCCCGCCGCCUCUGAGAAGAGUUCAAAGCUCCACUGAGCUCCACCCCAACCAAGCAGUGCAGUUGGACGAAGUUGCCGAAAACGAAAUGGUCGAAAACAAACUUGUAUUACCAGACGAAGUGCUGCAAUAUUUGAACCAAGUCGCCGACCAACAAACUUGGCCAGCGGAUACGAUAUCUGAACCACUGCCGAGUCCUUCUAAUACAAUGGUGCCAUCUCCUACAAUGAACAACUACCACAAACCAAUGUCGCCUGUUAUUGGACAAAUAUUAUCACCUAGAGCCAAUAAUCAAAUGAUGUCUAGUCCGGCUAGUAAUUUGGAACAUCAUAACAUCAUGUCACCUCAAGGAUUGAGCUAUCAAGUAAUGCCUUCUCCAAACUCAAUUUAUAAUGAUGCUCAAUAUAAUGCACUGUCUCCCGCUGUUGGUAAUAUGGCUUCUCCAAAUUACAACCAAAUGGUUGGUUCUCCAAUGUCAGCCCGAUGUCCUCCCAAUCAAAUGAUGUCGCCACCGCAUGCCGCUACUCCUUCAAUGCCGCAACAACAUUGUCAAGGAAUGCUAACUCCUCAUAACCCUUGCCAUCAUCAGCACAACAUGAUAAUACAAUCACAAACCUCUUGCUACAACAGGCCAAUGCAACAACAACAGCAACCAAAAUGCUACGGGUCAGCACCUCAUUGGUGCGGCAACAGCAAUAAUGUACCAAUACAGACUCGGAACCACAUGUGCAAUGGACAUCAGCACGUCUACGCACCCACUCAGUGCCAUUCUAUGCAAAUGAAUAAUACUCAUUGUGAUUAUUACAACAAACAGCAACAGCAUAAUAAUUAUCAACAGGCUCAGAAUGCUUUGCCAUCUCCAGCGGCGGGUGCUUUGGCUCCUUCGACGUACAGUGAAGCUCCUCCGAUGCGGCCAGAUGCUUAUCAGCGCACUUUGGAGUAUGUACAAUCGUGUCAAAGUUGGAACGCUUCUAGUGAUCCAAAUCCCAAUACGAAUAUGGUUGUUGGGGACAUGACGUCGUCGCUGAGCUCGUUGUUAGAGGAGAAUCGAUACUUGCAGAUGAUUCAGUAGUUUAUAAAUUGAUAUUCUGUACAUGUGAUAUUUAUUGUGUUUUUUUUUUUUUGUAUUGUAAUAAUAUUUAUGUAGCAAUAGUAAUUUUUAAAGAAAUAGCUUUAAAAGAUUUGGUUCAAAACUUGUAUAAAUUUUAUUAUGAAAUAAAGAUGGGAUUUUUUAUCUAUGAAAAAGGCUUGUUUGAUUCAAAAACUUUAUAAAUAUAUAACGACCCUUUUAUUUAUUCAACAAAGUUUGUACUUUUGCACUUGUUGAACAAUAUAUAAUUCAAAUCUUGGUAAUCAUUGGGUACAUUCAGGCGGCUAAGUGCAGCCACUCGGCAGGGAUUUUCUUCUUGAAACAGGGAAGCAACGUUCUCAUGAGAACUUCGUCGUCCGUAUUCAUAUUUCCAUAAAACUGACAAUGACAGAGCAAUCGUUCUCAUGAAAACGUUAUUCCUCGAUUUCGAGAAUAAAGUCCCUGCUGAGUGGGUAAGCUUAGUUGCUGGCACUGCCUGAAUGUACCCAUUGUUUCACGAGGGUUUAUACUUUUUUAACAAAUAAGAAUUGACUGAAACAAAUCAAUGACGUCAAAAACGUUCGUCGAUUCUUAAACCAGGAGUCAUUCAUUUUAAUUUGUCAAAAAAAUCGAAUAAACAUAUGAAUUAAUCUACGACAAACAAUAUUAUAGUUAACACCUAUAGAAAACCUAUUCCAUGUAUAUUUUUUGACCCCCUGGCCCCUGAAUAGAGCCAGACUUUUCGAGCCGGGUUCCAUCAGAGUGGUAGGCUCGCCGUAAUCAACGUGGCUCCAGUUGAGGGCUAGUCGGCGUUGCCAUAUGUCCAUAUAUAUAUGUAUAAUAACUUUAAAACGGUGACCGCGCUGAUGUGAAAAAACACGAUAUGAGGGAAAAAAAUGGAAGCUUUUGUCUUGAAAAUAUCGCUGAAAAAUUGCUAGACGAUAAGCGCAGUUCGAACUCGAGUUUCUUACAAAAAUAUCAAAGUUUUUCAAUUUUUUUCUGGAAAACUGGCCAAGUAAAAAUUGUGCAAUUUUUUGAGGAGAAAGACGAAAGUGAGGAGCUUAUUAUAGGAAAAUUUCAAAAUUUUCAAAUGGAAAAUCAUUCCAGGAAAAAUUCUGGAAAAUUGACUUAUUUAAGCAAAAUUGAAAAAAAUUUACCUUCUUACAUUUUAAUUUUUUUUCUGGAAAACUGGCAAUGAGAAAAUUUUGAAAUUUUUACAGGAGAAAAAGAGGAAAGUGAAGAGCUCAUUUCAAAAUUUCCCAAUGAAAAAUGACUCCAGGUAAAAUUCUGGAAAAUGGACUUAUUUAAGGAAAAUUCACCUCUUGCAUUUUAAUUUUUUUCUGGAAAACUGGCAAAGGGUAAAUUUUGAAAUUUUUCCAGGAAAGAGAGGAAAGUGUAAGGCUCAUAUUAUAGGAAAAUUUCAAAAUUUCCCAAUGAAAAAUGACUCCAGGUAAAAUUCUGGAAAAUGGACUUAUUCAAGGAAAAUUCACCUCUUGCAUUUUAAUUUUUUGCUGGAAAACUGGCAAAGGGAAAAUUUCGAAAUUUUUCCACGAGAGAGAAGAAAGUAUGGAGCUCAUUAUAGGAAAAUUUCAAAAUUUUCCAAUGGAAAAUGACUCCAGGAAAAAAUCCAGAAAAUUGACUUAUUUAAGCAAAAUUAAGGAAAAUUCACCUCUUGCAUUUUAAUUUUUUUCUGGAAAACUGGCAAAGGGUAAAUUUAGAAAUUUUUCCAAGAAAGAGAGGAAAGUGUAAAGCUCAUAUUAUAGGAAAAUUUCAAAAUUUCCCAAUGAAAAAUGACUCCAGGGAAAAUUCUGGAAAAUGGACUUAUUCAAGAAAAAUUCACCUCUUGCAUUUUAAUUUUUUUCUGGGAAAUUGGCAAAGGGAAAAUUUCGAAAUUUUUCCACGAGAGAGAGGAAAGUAUGGAGCUCAUUAUAGGAAAAUUUCAAAAUUUUCCAAUAGAAAAUGACUCCAGGAAAAAAUCCAGAAAAUUGACUUAUUUGAGCAAAACUAAGGAAAAUUCACUUCUUCCAUUUUAAUUUUUUUCUGGAAAACUGGCAAAGGGUGAAUUUUGAAAUUUUUCCAGGAAAGAGAGAAAAGUGUAAAGCUCAUUAUAGGAAAAUUUCAAAAUUUCCCAAUGAAAAAUGACUCCAGGGAAAAUUCUGGAAAAUGGACUUAUUUAAGGAAAAUUCACCUCUUGCAUUUUAAUUUUUUGCUGGAAAACUGGCAAAGGGAAAAUUUCGAAAUUUUUCCACGAGAGAGAGGAAAGUAUGGAGCUCAUUAUAGGAAAAUUUCAAAAUUUUUCAAUAGAAAAUGACUCCAGGAAAAAAUCCAGAAAAUUGACUUAUUUGAGCAAAAUUAAGGAAAAUUCACUUCUUCCAUUUUAAUUUUUUUCUGGAAAACUGGCAAAGGGUGAAUUUUGAAAUUUUUCCAGGAAAGAGAGGAAAGUGUAAAGCUCAUUAUAGGAAAAUUUCAAAAUUUCCCAAUGAAAAAUGACUCCAGGUAAAAUUCUGGAAAAUGGACUUAUUUAAGGAAAAUUCACCUCUUGCAUUUUAAUUUUUUUCUGGAAAACUGGCAAAGGGUAAAUUUUGAAAUUUUUCCAGGAAAGAGAGGAAAGUGUAAGGCUCAUAUUAUAGGAAAAUUUCAAAAUUUCCCAAUGAAAAAUGACUCCAGGUAAAAUUCUGGAAAAUGGACUUAUUCAAGGAAAAUUCACCUCUUGCAUUUUAAUUUUUUGCUGGAAAACUGGCAAAGGGAAAAUUUCGAAAUUUUUCCACGAGAGAGAAGAAAGUAUGGAGCUCAUUAUAGGAAAAUUUCAAAAUUUUCCAAUGGAAAAUGACUCCAGGAAAAAAUCCAGAAAAUUGACUUAUUUAAGCAAAAUUAAGGAAAAUUCACCUCUUGCAUUUUAAUUUUUUGCUGGAAAACUGGCAAAGGGAAAAUUUCGAAAUUUUUCCACGAAAGAGAGGAAAGUAUGGAGCUCAUUAUAGGAAAAUUUCAAAAUUUUCCAAUAGAAAAUGACUCCAGGAAAAAAUCCAGAAAAUUGACUUAUUUGAGCAAAAUUAAGGAAAAUUCACUUCUUGCAUUUUAAUUUUUUCCUGGAAAACUGGCAAAGGGUAAAUUUGGAAAUUUUUCCAGGAAAGAGAGGAAAGUGUAAAGCUCAUAUUAUAGGAAAAUUUCAAAAUUUUCCAAUGAAAAAUGACUCUAGGAAAAAUUCUGGAAAAUGAACUUAUUUAAGAAAAAUUCACCUCUUGCAUUUUAAUUUUUUUCUGGGAAACUGGCAAAGGGAAAAUUUCGAAAUUUUUCCACGAGAGAGAGGAAAGUAUGGAGCUCAUUUUAGGAAAAUUUAAAAAUUUUCCAAUAGAAAAUGACUCCAGGAAAAAAUCCAGAAAAUUGACUUAUUUGAGCAAAAUUAAGGAAAAUUGACUUCUUUCAUUUUAAUUUUUUUCUGGAAAACUGGCAUAGGGUAAAUUUUGAAAUUUUUCCAGGAAAGAGAGGAAAGUGUAAAGCUGAUUAUAGGAAAAUUUCAAAAUUUCCCAAUGAAAAAUGACUCCAGGUAAAAUUUUGGAAAAUGGACUUAUUCAAGGAAAAUUCACCUCUUGCAUUUUAAUUUUUUGCUGGAAAACUGGCAAAGGGAAAAUUUCGAAAUUUUUCCACGAAAGAGAGGAAAGUAUGGAGCUCAUUAUAGGAAAAUUUCAAAAUUUUCCAAUAGAAAAUGACUCCAGGAAAAAAUCCAGAAAAUUGACUUAUUUAAGCAAAAUUAAGGAAAAUUCACCUCUUGCAUUUUAAUUUUUUGCUGGAAAACUGGCAAAGGGAAAAUUUCGAAAUUUUUCCACGAAAGAGAGGAAAGUAUGGAGCUCAUUAUAGGAAAAUUUCAAAAUUUUCCAAUAGAAAAUGACUCCAGGAAAAAAUCCAGAAAAUUGACUUAUUUGAGCAAAAUUAAGGAAAAUUCACUUCUUGCAUUUUAAUUUUUUCCUGGAAAACUGGCAAAGGGUAAAUUUGGAAAUUUUUCCAGGAAAGAGAGGAAAGUGUAAAGCUCAUAUUAUAGGAAAAUUUCAAAAUUUUCCAAUGAAAAAUGACUCUAGGAAAAAUUCUGGAAAAUGAACUUAUUUAAGAAAAAUUCACCUCUUGCAUUUUAAUUUUUUUCUGGGAAACUGGCAAAGGGAAAAUUUCGAAAUUUUUCCACGAGAGAGAGGAAAGUAUGGAGCUCAUUUUAGGAAAAUUUAAAAAUUUUCCAAUAGAAAAUGACUCCAGGAAAAAAUCCAGAAAAUUGACUUAUUUGAGCAAAAUUAAGGAAAAUUGACUUCUUUCAUUUUAAUUUUUUUCUGGAAAACUGGCAUAGGGUAAAUUUUGAAAUUUUUCCAGGAAAGAGAGGAAAGUGUAAAGCUGAUUAUAGGAAAAUUUCAAAAUUUCCCAAUGAAAAAUGACUCCAGGUAAAAUUUUGGAAAAUGGACUUAUUUAAGGAAAAUUCACCUCUUGCAUUUUAAUUUUUUGCUGGAAAACUGGCAAAGGGAAAAUUUCGAAAUUUUUCCACGAAAGAGAGGAAAGUAUGGAGCUCAUUAUAGGAAAAUUUCAAAAUUUUCCAAUAGAAAAUGACUCCAGGAAAAAAUCCAGAAAAUUGACUUAUUUAAGCAAAAUUAAGGAAAAUUCACCUCUUGCAUUUUAAUUUUUUUCUGGAAAACUGGCAAAGGGUAAAUUUGGAAAUUUUUCCAGGAAAGAGAGGAAAGUGUAAAGCUCAUAUUGUAGAAAAAUUUCAAAAAUUUCCAAUGAAAAAUGACUCUAGGAAAAAUUCUGGAAAAUGGACUUAUUAAAGAAAAAUUCACCUUUUGCAUUUUAAUUUUUUUCUGGAAAACUGGCAAAGGGAAAAUUUCGAAAUUUUUCCACGAGAGAGAGGAAAGUAUGGAGCUCAUUAUAGGAAAAUUUCAAAAACUUAGGUUUUGAAAUUCAAGAAACUGAGAAAUUUAUUUAUAUAUUUUCGGAUAACUGAAUAAACUAUAUUCUAAGUUAAAAUAGUAUAUUUCCUAACUAAUGCGGAAAGUACCACUUUUCCGCACGCGAUUACAGCAAGCAAUCAAGUGCGGAAAAGAGACUUUCCACACGAGUUAGGAACACUAUUUUUUCUACGAGAUGAGAGGUAAUAUUUUUAUCUACAUAUUUAUCAAUUUAAGAUAUAUUUUUUUUCACUUUUCUGUACCUCUGUACCUGUAGUAUACCUGUUUACCUGUAAGUACCUGUAUACCUAAAAAUUAGUUCACUUUUCCGCACGCUCAUAAAAAAUGGUUAUUUACCUAACAAGUGGGAAAAAAAAUUUCCAAUACGCAAAGAUUUUAUAAUGAUGGUCCAAAUACCAUAAUAUCAGAAUAAAUGUUUCUUUUAUAUUAAAUUGCAUUACCUAUUUAGAAGGCCGAUUUUAUUUCCUCAAUACAGCAAAUUAAACAUAGCAACAAGGUAUGCAGUAGCAACUGUAUUAUUUUAGGAAUGUCUAUUAUAUGAUUUAUUGUAACUUUUGUUUUUUUUACAUAUAAUCUAAUAAUGUCGAUGUAAAAAAUAAUAUUCUAAAACCGCUGCGCCAGUUAGGCUAUCAUCUUACAAGGUAAAAUCACAGUAAAUACUAAAUACCCGAGAGGAGGAGCGCGCAACGCUGCUAAGAUUUGUUUGCCGGAAAGCUAGCGCGAAUAUAAAUUAUUUCAAUUUAUACCACCGGAGCAGCGUCUCUAGCGGUCUGCCGUCGCCCAUAAGCGUAGGUUUUCUAUAAGUGGUAACUAUAAUAUUCUUUGUCUACGACAACCCUUUUUUUUUUAAGUUAUUACGUGUUUGAUAUCAAAAGUAUGAACCCUGGUGAAACGAUUUAUGUACAUUAUUCAAUCUAUAUAAAUUGUAACAAUAUGAAAUUUAACUUCAAUAAUUGGUUUAUACUACAACUAUUUUUAUCCCUGAAAAUAAUAAACAAAAUGUGCUACAUGACUAAAGAGUGGGUAUUAUAAAACUAAUUUAACAUAUAACUUAAAGUUAACUUCUAGUUAUUCUGUCAAAAUAGUUUUAUAAGACCUGCCCUAAAUGAUGAGUGUAAAAAAAAUAUUACAAUAAUCUACAAAAUAAUUAUUUUAUAUCAGCACAUCAGGUUUCUUAACAAUAAAGAGCACCUUUAUUAAAGCAUAAUUAGGUAGGUAGGUACAUUUUCACAUUAUGAGCCUCUUAGGUACAUAUCUCAAAUUCACAUAUAGAGCUUGAACUUGUGCAAUCCUUACUCACAAAAUAUACAUUUACUCCAUAUACAAAAAUACAUUGACAAAAUAAAUAAAAUAUUUGCUCUUCAAAUAACUUCAAUAUAGUUUUUGAACACUAGCUAGUCCUCGUACAAGCUCCAGCUAUAGCACAAGUUUGUCUGGACGGCGACGCUGGAUUGCUGAGUCCGCUUUCUCGAAUCGGCGACAACGCCGGCGUUUUCGGUCGGUGUACGACGCUCCUGCGACGUCGACGCGACGUCGCCCUGCGACCGCAACGUUGUUGUUGCUGGAGAAGGGUCAGAGCGUUGGCUAGUUCGGUUUCGCUGAUCAAACGCCUACUGAAAUCAUAUUCUUGAUUAGAAUUAAAUUGAAUCAUUUGUUUCAAAUAGUUUUCACCAACGACUAUAGAAGGAACAAUCAAUAACUACCUACUUAGGGCCGGUUUAUCAAUCAAGGGAUAACUCGCAGAGUUUCCUGACCCUGAGUCAACUCUAACUCUGGGCUUACUAGAGAGUUAAGUCGAAAGGUGUUUAUCCAAGCUUUUUUAACCCAGGGCUGGUAAACUCUCAGGUGCUUCGAAGGUUGGCACUUUCGUUUCCGUAAGGCAUUUAUACCAAAGUAGCAUGCGACGUGUGACUUGCUGCUAGAAAGCAGGGAGCACGUUGCAACUUGAGUUUUCCAUGUUUAUAUUCAUACCAAAGGUCAUUUGAAGAUGCACAUGUUUA